AUGGACUCAGAAGAGCAGCUUGUUGACUCUCCGAUCACAAACGAGGGGCAGCAAUCAGAGAAUGCAAGUGUUGACUCUGCAACCGCGAUAGCAUCUUCACCUUUACCUCCCAGGCCUGGACUCCAUCAUUCACCCAGCACCGCGAGGAAGCGCAACAAUGAAGAGGUCUAUGGGUCUACAAGAUCCCCCAGGUCAAUGCCUACGCCGUCCAGAUUCCAAAAGUCUACUAUGACUGUCUCACAGCCAAAUGAAGAUGCCGAACAGGCAAUCAACAUCACCCAAGGCCAAGAGUCAUCUUCCAAACAAAAUACCAAACCGGCACAGCCCAGUACCACCAACAGCACAAGACCUGAAAGGCUAACCAUAGACAGACAAGAGUUAGCUAAACCUCCCUCUUCAAGAGACUCGUUCGUCCGGGAUGUUGACGAGUAUCAACAACAACUGGAGCUUGAAUUCCAGGAAUUUGAACGCUCUCUUAACGAGAGAAAUCCAACUGAAGGUCUGGAAGACCUGGACUGGGACGACCUAGAGGCCCGCUACGAUAAGGAAAUUCAACCGAAGAUCACUGCUGAGCAAGAGAUCAUGGAUGAGUUUAGUGCUCGGUUUGAGGUGGCUUUUCCUACGCACUGA